AAAUGUCGAUGUUAGAAAGAACAAGGAUGAUAAAAUAAAGCUUAGUGCGGAUAUUACUUUAGUCAGUAACCAAGAAAAUAACGUAGUUAUAAACAAAGGUGAAUCGGGUAUUAAAUUAAGUGUAGUCGGGGGUGGUUUAAGUAAGGGAAAUAUGGUCAUAAGCGAACCAUCAUUUGGUAUUGAUAUUGGUUUCAGUGGACAAAAAUCUGUUGGUAAUAUAAGUAUCGGUACACGUCUACAGCUUGGUUUAGGGCCUUCCCUCGAUUUUGGUUUACCAUUUGGGGGAAGUUCAAGUGGUGAAAGCGGAGAUGGCAAUGGUAAGGAUGAUGGCGGGGGCGGUGACAAGGGAGAUAACAAGGGAGACAACAAGAAUGACAACAAGGGCGACAACAAGAAUGAUAACGAUAGCAUGGAUAAAGAUGAAGACAAAGGUGGUGGUAGCAGUACAAACAAUGGUGAUGAUAAUAGAAAUGACGAUAGCAAUAUCAAUACGAACGGCGGUGAAAAUACGAACGGCAGUGAAGAUACGAACGGUAGUGAAAAUACGAACGGCAGUGAACAUGAAGAUAACAAUGUGAAUGGCAGUGACAAUAUGAAUGGCGGAAAAUAUGGAGAUAACAACACGAGUGGAAGUGAACAUGGAAAUAAUAAUAUGAAUGGCAGUGAACAUAGAAAUAAUAUCAAUACGAGUGGCAGUGAACAUGAAGAUGGCAAUAUGAAUGGUGAACAUGAAAAUAACAAUAUGAAUGGCAGUGAACCUGGAGAUGACAAUAUGAAUGAUAGUAAACAUAAAUAUAAUAAGAUAGACGGUAAUGAAGGUUCAUCUACCAACUAUUUCAUCUUGAUCAACGAGAAUCCCUACUCCUUUGCUAAUAGUGAUGAAAGUCACUCGUUCAGUUCUAAUCAGGAUUCUGCACUUGCAUCUCCAAAUGAUGUUUAUGGAAACGGCAACAAUCUUAACACAUCUCAACCUCCUGCAAGUGAUUUUAUUAUCUUAACCCACGAGAAUGACCAAAUAGCACCUGACUACUACUAUUCUAACAAUUCAUUCCAAAAUGAUGGCAUUUAUCAAAGCAAUAGCAACUACAGCGAUAAUUCUCAUUCUGUUACGAAUGACUUAAAUUCUCUUAUUGUUGAUGAUAUUAUCAUAUCUUCACCUGAUAUGUGUCAAGGUUCUGCACAAGAUGCACAGGGAGAUAUUUUUAUUGACCCUUGUAAUAGUAACGCUGGCUUUCAGGCGAUUGAAGGAAAUAUCAUUGACAGCGUAGACGAAAUUAAUCAUUCUAGCACAGAAAAUAAAUUUGAUUUAUCGACCACAUCUGGUAACAGCGUAGGAGAAAUUAAUUACUAUAGCACAGAAAAUAAACUUCAUUCAUCUGCCACUUCUAAUAACAGCAUAGAAUCUUCCUUAUUUUCAACCUUUGACAACGCUGUUAGAGCUGAAAAUUCCCCAAAUAUUACUGUAUUUGAACAAGUAUUGGCAAAUACAGUUCAAGAAAAUCUACAUUUGGUCUCAGCAAUACGUACUGCACUGUCUAAUGCCACGCCUUCAUCAGAUUGUAAUUCCAAAUCCCCUAAUAAUUCUGUUAACGAUAUUGAUUCUUUUAUUAAGAACAUUACAAAGCAUAAAAAGCAAGACCAGAAAAAAGAUGAUAGUAAUUCACCCGGUUUAUCUGGCUCUAGUGAGUCUAGACGUGCAGAAGAUGGUAAUAAAACGCAAGAAAAAAGGGAUUAUGAACUUACUGCCAGUAAUAAACUAUCUCAGGAGGAUAAAAAGAAUGAUGAUGACGACGAUGAGGAAGAAAAUAGACCUAAAGAACCAUGUAAAAAUCACCCUUCGAGUGUUCGUUGUUUUCGUUGUCUGUCAAGUGCAAAAGGAAAGAAA